GCAAAAAUUGCCUUAAACCCUAAAGUGAUGGUUUUUUUCCUCGAUGAAGUGUGUUCUUUGUUGACAUCUCGAGUGUAGGUGAGAGAAGAUCGAAGGAUUUCCAAGGCUUUGAUUAUGGAGGGAGAGGAAAGUCUGUUGGAUGCCAUAAAUGAAGAAGACGGAUUUGAAACCAUGGAAGAUGUUGACAUGGUCGAUGUGGAAGAAGGAGAGAUUGUUAUGGGGCACGAGGGUAAGAAGAAUCGACAGAAUCAGCCAAACAAGAACAAGAAGAAGAAGAAGAAGAAAAGAAGAAAAGGAGGUCAUUUGAUGGGCAAACCCAUGGAUUUAGACAGGUUUGUCAGGGAUACGUGUAGACGCUUGAAGGAAAAGAAGUCUUACAUGGUAUACACAGCUGUUGGUUGUCUUGGAAUCCCUGCCUUGAGUGAUCUUGUCAAUGAGGUUGAAGCAAUCGAGACCUGUGGAGGUCAGGUGACUGCUGAUGGCAGUAGGAAACGAACAGGUGGUGGUGUGUUGUGGAACAUCAUCAAAGCGAGACAACCUGCAGCCCACCGAGAGAUAAUGAAAAAGACCAGGGAGUUUGAGAAGCAAUUUAGGCAUCCAAACACGAAACCGAAAGCAGGGCUAAAAAGAGAUCAGGGUAGCUCCUCAGAAGGACUUGCAUCUGGAAAUGCAUCUUGUGAUGAAGCUCUGGUCACUGAGAUGAGUGAUAUGCCGGUAGCUGAGCAGACUGAAUCCAAACCGCAAGAAGAAAGGAAAUCUGUUCAUGAGAGGAUCAGAGUACCUGUUUCAUACGAUGACCUUUUCGGAGAAGUACCUGUAGAUGCCUCACAAGCACAACACCCUUCUGCUUAAGCUCGUUUAUAUCAUGUUUGCCUUAGAAUUUUUUUGACUAGGUAAACAAUUAUAUAAUUAAGCAGCUGGAUUGCUUCUUGUCUUGCCGAAAGCAAUGGUUUUGUUUAGAAAUACAUUAAUUGAUCUAUAUACCAACUAUCAAAUGAUU